AUGGCCAACGUCGAAGUGCCGAGGACCAUGUUGGCAUGGCAGAAACACAUCCCCAGCAAGACACCGGUCCGCGUAGAAAUUCCUGUACCAACGCCACAAGAUGAUGAAGUGUUGGUUAAGAUCCACGCAGUGGGAGUGUGUCAUAGUGAUUACAGUAUCAAGGAGCUAGAAGUUCAUCCUGUGGAAUUCACAUCAGGAAGGAUGAAAUUCACGAUGGGCCAUGAGGGUUGCGGCGAAGUCGUCUCGAUGGGACCAAGGGCUCACAAGUACCAAGUUGGUGAUAUGGUGGCUCUACUGUGCGUGCCAGGCUGCAAUGGCGCUGAAUGUCCGGAGUGUUCUGGCGGAGUUCCUCAAGUGUGUUUGGUCGGUCCUCGAUACGGGGCCGGACCAGAUGGCUUCUUUGCACCGUAUGCGGUGGUCCGGGAGCAUGCUUCCAUCAAAGUUCCCAGGGGAGUGGACGCUGGAGUAGCAGCAGUGGCAACAGAUGCUUGUAUGACGAGCUAUCACGCUGUUAUCGACCGCGCACGAGUCACCAAGGACGAUGUGGUAUUGUUGUUCGGUUUGGGCGGUCUCGGGUUCAAUGCUCUGCAGUUGAUCCUGCACAUUGGCGCGCGGGCCAUUGUGGUCGAUCAACGGCAGGUGGUUUUGGAUGAAGCCGUGAAAUUCGGCGUCCGUAAGGAAGAUGUGGUUCCGGCAGGAACGCCAGAUAUUAGCGCAUGGAUUUGUGAGCGGAACAUCAGAAUCGACAAAGCCAUCGACUUUGUUUCUGUGCAAGAUACUUACCAAGCCGCAAUUGAUAGUGUUCGUCGAGGAGGUACCGUGGUAUUAGUAGGUCUUUUGAGCCCAGAGCUGAAGUUUCGUACUGCUACCCUGGUUCGAAAACAGCUGGAUGUAUUGGGGAGCUAUGCUGGUACAAGUGCUGAUAUUGCAGCUUGCCUGGAUUUAUGUGCCCAAGGUGUCUUGGUUCCGCAGAUCCAAGAAGGGAGUCUGAAGGACUUUCCGCAGAUUCUUGAAGAUCUGCACCAUGGGAAAAUCAAGAGCCGUAUGGUCAUGAGACCCGAAGGAAUGGAGAAGGCUUGA